AUGGCUGCGCACGGCUUGGUUACUGGCUACAGGAAUCAUGCCCGGGCCAAGAGGGCCGCACCCAACGACACACUCAAGCCGCAGUGGCAAGACCCGGCCGGUGGGCCUCGGGAGGAGCCAGGCUUGCCCAGCGCCUGGGUGGCCGCCAUCGCCGUUAACGUGGCUCUGGUCGCACUGUUCCUCAUCUUCGUCCUCUACUGCUACAUCCGCAGCCGCAAGCGUGCCAAUAAGGGUGCAGCUCCCGAGAUGCGCGGCAGCUUCGAGACGCAGCUGGACAAGGCGACCACCCAGCCACUGGCCCUGGAGGCUCCUCGGCGGAGCCCGCUCACGUGGCCGGCCUUGGAAUCCCAGCAUGACGUGCCCGUCAUCAGAACACAGAGCGUUCACAGUGCGGACAAGGAGAGCGGCAUCAUCGAAGGCGUGGAGGACGAUGAGGAGCCGGAGCUGAAGGGUCUGAGCCCGGACGAGUCGGACGAGGAGCUGCCAUCCGAGCCUUUGCCAAGGGCGCCCGAGGACGGCGACACGUCGUCCUUGCCUGCGACUCACCAAGCGGAUAGCUACGCUGCCUUCUUGCCCGGUGUUCCAACGAACAGCAGCCCUCCUAAAGGGCAAUACCAGGUGUGCCUGGUGGCGGGCGGUGGUCGCGACUGCGUGGGAUCGAUCGAGUUGCCCCUGGACCGACCCGUCACACUGGCCGAGCUACGUACAGCGCUUGGGGCCGCGGCAGACGCGGCGCUGCGCGAGCUCACCUCAGCGUCACGCUUCGGAUUCGUGACUGAGGCGCUGCGGCCGCUGAGCCCUGGCGAGGCCGAAACCUGCGUCGUCCAGCAGAUCUACCCAUCGCGAGCCGUCAUGCUUCGGGACACCAGAGGCGAGUCCAUUGGAACAACGUAUGCCGUGGAAACCUCUCCUGUCUCUUGGGAGGAGGAGCGCGAGCCUGGGAGCACUACGCCACCUGUCAUCAGCCACGAUCCAGAACUCAACCAAGCGUCCUCGCUCGCGAGAGAAGUGAUACCUGCAAGGCCUUGGAGGAAGACGACCAAUGGCGUACACACUUAUGUGGGCCCACUGGGUGUGUGCCAGCGACCCGACUGUGGCCAGCCCGGCCGGGUCAAGUGCAUCGACUGCGGCCUGGCGUCCUAUUGCAGCAGUCGCUGUCUGAAGGCGGACGCGGCCAGGCACAGGCUUUCCUGCUACCGUGAGUGCUCUAAUUAG